UUCCGCCUCUUUUUCGACUACAACUUGCGAAGGAAAGUUGUGUUUUUCGUACAUUUUGCCAAUUCACGUUUCGUGUCAAGAACCCAAGACUUAAACAUGCGUUACGUGGCUGCUUACCUUCUGGCCGUCCUCGGUGGCAAGGACUCGCCCGCCAACGGCGAUCUGGAGAAGAUCCUCAGCUCCGUGGGCGUUGAGGUUGACGCCGAGCGUCUGACCAAGGUCAUCAAGGAGCUGGCUGGCAAGAGCAUCGACGACCUGAUCAAGGAGGGUCGCGAGAAGCUCUCCUCGAUGCCGGUGGGCGGCGGUGGUGCCGUCGCAGCCGCUGAUGCCGCACCCGCUGCCGCCGCCGGUGGCGACAAGAAGGAGGCCAAGAAGGAAGAGAAGAAGGAGGAGUCCGAGUCCGAGGACGACGACAUGGGCUUCGCUCUCUUCGAAUAAGCGGUUGAAUGGGCGAAUAUACUGUGCAACACACUUGCGAGGCGAGAAAGCAGCGUUUUGGAGCAGCCAGUCUACACACUUGUGUAGCAGCCAUCCGUUCACCAUUUCUACGUAAUAAAAAUCAGCAGUGUUUGCACUUUAUAUAAACCAA